UGACGCCACUGUCCUCGGACUAGAGAAAGAAGCCAUUUUGUUUUUAGCGGUGAGGAGGAGAACCGGAAAAUUGUAGCGAAACUGCACCAUAAGAUCUGCCACCAUGGGGAAUAUGUUUGCAGGCCUCUUUAAGAAUCUCUUUGGGAAGAAAGAGAUGAGAAUCCUGAUGGUGGGGUUGGAUGCUGCUGGAAAGACUACCAUCCUGUACAAACUAAAACUAGGAGAGAUAGUCACCACCAUCCCCACUAUUGGUUUUAAUGUUGAGACAGUAGAGUAUAAAAACAUUAGUUUCACGGUGUGGGAUGUUGGCGGUCAGGACAAGAUCCGGCCACUCUGGAGGCACUAUUUCCAGAACACACAAGGACUGAUUUUUGUUGUGGACAGUAACGAUAGGGAGCGAGUGAACGAGGCAAGGGAGGAGUUGACGAGAAUGCUGGCAGAGGAUGAGUUGAGAGAUGCAGUGCUGCUCGUCUUUGCCAAUAAACAGGACCUGCCCAAUGCAAUGAACGCAGCAGAGAUCACAGAUAAACUGGGCCUUCAUUCCCUGCGUCACCGUAACUGGUACAUCCAAGCCACCUGCGCCACCAGUGGAGACGGCCUAUAUGAAGGGCUCGACUGGCUCUCCAACCAGCUGAAAAACGCUAAAUGAUCCAUUCCAUUCUCCCCUCUUGUGUCAGUGCUGUGUGUAUGAGUGUGUAAAGGGAGACAGCACUGGUUUCAGUCUCACCCGGAUGCCCAGUUUAUUAAUUUCUUUCUUUUGUCCAGUCUUGUAAACAUCAGAGGCUCUGUCCAGUGCUGUCAAAUAUACACAUGCAAGAGUGUGAGUGUUUGUGUAUGUAUGUGUGUGUAUACUGAGGGUGGGAGCAGCGUUGCUGUGCCUUUCAAAAAGACACUCAGAGUACAGCACGGUUCUCUCUUUCUCUCCCUCUCCCUUAUCCUUCCUGAUCCCCGUGGUUUUCUGCACGCAAAAAAUUACCCAGGAUGUUAAAUAUUUCUGAUACGUAAUACACUUAAAUAAGACUAUAGGCCUGAUAUUAAUUUUCCCAAUGUUUAAAGCAAUCACGCAUGACUAAAAUGUUGCAAGGUGUGAGUUGCCAUUCUUUGACCCCCACAUUUGAUAACUCAUUGUAACCUGCAUCAGGUUAGGAAAAAGAAGGAAAAAAAAAAUCUGACAAUAAAGUGACAUUUUCCAUCCAUUCUUCUUUGUGUUUUUUGAAAAUCAUGCAAAGGCUUUUAGUUGUCACAUGAAGCUUUCCAGGAUAGUUUUCUUGUGAAAACCAGCUCACGUUCACUACUGCAUUUAAGCACAAGCCAGUGAGACCUUUAGUUUACAAGUUAGUAUGUUAAAUGACUUGAUGUUAUCUUAAUACCAUUACCUGUUGGAAAAAUCUUUGACCACGUGUUACUGAUCUCUUGAAUCUUGUAGAGCUAUGUGGUGACGUGAUCAAACGCAGACUGAUGAGGAAAUGCUAUAGUAUGAUAAACUAGGUCCCAGGCACAAACAGCCUUACAUGUGUUUAAAUUGCCAUGUUAGAGAAGAUGGCAGGAGAGAUGUGUCUGUGUUUGGGAUUGUGGAGAGUGUGAGCAUCCUCUGUAGGAGCAGUGUGGUCUUCUGGGCCCUGCUCCCUCUCCAGUGUAUCUUUUUAUCUUUUUCUUUAUUUGAUGGUUUAUGGAUUAUUUUAUUUUUUUGUUUUUAUGGUCUCUUUCAAGGUUUCCUGACCCCAGUUUACUGUGGUCUCUUGUGUCAGAAGUACAGUCCGAAUCUGAUUGUUUAGACGAGGCAACUAAGGGCUUUAUUGGGUGCAUUUAAGUUUUUGCCUGAUUGAUGCAUAUCCACAAACCGAACACCCAGGCACAUCUGCAACUAAUCCUAAAGUGCGACUGAUCUGAAGUUGCCCUGGAAACAGAAACAUGCAUGAAUCCAGGUAUACCUGGUUUUAUCUGUGGUUUUCUGUUGGCGAUCCUCCUAGACUCAGAGAACAGCUGCAGUUAAAUGCAAACUCAUCCAUCCAGUUAUAUUUACUUGACAGGGAAUUACCUACCGUCCUCUCUGUCCCACAUAUCAUAUUUUUUUCUACCUUCAUCUGUUGGUGGCUGCUUUACCUGAUGCACCGGUUAAUUUUCAACAUGUCACUGAUAGAUACAAGCACCAGCAGAGAGAGGGGCUAUGUUCACUUUAAAAGGCGUGUACGUUAAAUGUUCUUGUAACACAGAUAACUGACAAACACAUUGUUUUCCUUCUCAUAGGCAACUAUAGUGUUGAAUACAGCAUUGAACAUGCAUUAUGUAUAGGUCAUGUUCUGAAAGACCCCAAAGGUCCUAACCCUGUACUGGGAAAAUGUGAUGUUUAACCUUGCGUGACACCCCCACCCUUUAUUUUGGUCACCAAAAGUCAGCCAAGUUUCAUAACUCUAAUAUAAUGUUCUUUGGCCUUUUAGUUGUGAUUAUUAUACAGAUCUGCAGUAGUAGAUAAAGAUUUAUUUGAAAAAGCGUCAUCUAUGAGAAGUAAUUAAAGUGUAUGAACAAGUAUGAAAUUGUGUUUAGCUUGCCAAUUUCAAUUAGCCACCCUCUGUUCAGAUGUGAAGCUUUAAUUUCAAAACAAUUCUGUAAAAUAAUGCAAAAGCAAGGAAAGUGUGCAUAUGUUUGUUUACCUUUACUUAAAAUGGUUUUGUUUUGUUUUAGCCUUUUUUAAAACCCAUCUUGUAACAUCUGAUAAAUGCACUAUAAUAAAGAGAUCUC